UUUUUUUUAAAAAAAAAGCCUCAAUUACCAUACCAUUAUCACACAAGCCACCCCCUUCCUCUUCGUCUUCUCCCUUCUCUCGCGCACACCUUAAAUGAAAUUAGGGCUUUUCGGUUGUCAACUCGGAGUAGUCGUGCCCCACAACACCCGAUUCUCGUUGCAGGAUUAUAGAGCGUACCGAGAACGUAAAAAGAAGCAUCGGCUGCUGAAACCCGACGCCACAAUUCACCACAACCACCAGUGUCACGCUUUGCUAGAUCAUUUCCAUUUUUCUUCCAUCAACUAAGUGGCACAACUAGAUGGAGGACUGGGAGGAUGAACAAAUUCCAACUCUUCUUCCGAAGGGGCAACCUAAAAAUAAAUGGGAUGAUGAAGAUGUGGAUGACAAUAACGUGAAGGAAUCAUGGGAGGAUGAAGAAGAACCUACACCGGCACCUGAAGCAAAACCUCCAGCUGAAAAGGCCCCAAAGAAACCUGCAGUGAAGGCUACUGUAAAGAAAGUGAAAACUGCUGAAGUAGUAAAGGAAGAGGCAGUAGAUCCUGUAGCUGAGAAACUUCGCCAGCAAAGGCUGGUGGAAGAAGCAGAUUAUAAAUCCACUCAAGAACUGUUUGGUAAAAGAGGUGACGAGAAGACCCUUGAUAAUUUUUUUCCCAAAUCAGAAAGUGACUUCUUGGAAUAUGCAGAGCUCAUUUCACAUAAGCUGCGUCCACAUGAGAAAAGUUACCAUUAUAUUGGUUUACUCAAAGCUGUAAUGAGACUAUCAGUGACUGCUUUGAAAGCAGCAGAUGCAAAAGAUGUUGCAUCUUCUGUCAACGCAAUCGCGAACGAAAAGCUGAAAGUAGAGAAGGAAGCAAAUUCUGGUAAAAAGAAGACAGGCCCUAAGAAAAAGCAGAUCCUGGUGGACAAGGCAGAUGAUGAUUUAGCUGUUGAUGGCUAUGAUGCUCUUGAUGACUAUGAUUUCAUGUGAUUGUUUCACUUCAAGAAAUGGGAUUCAGCAUUAGAAACAUUGAUAUGAGUGCCAUUGCUGUAUUUUGUUGAAUAGGAGAAUGUGAUUCGUGGUUGAAGGGCCACAUAAAUAGUUAUGCAUAGUAAAAUUUGUCAAACAGAAUCAUUAUCGAUGUGUGGGGUAAAUUAUACCUACUUGAACCCUUGGCCGAGUUUGAUAUUUGCUUUAUUGGGUAAAAUUGUUAAUUUUUGAAUGGUA